AUGGAUCCGAACGAUAAACUUUAUUCUGUUGGUGGUAUUGGUUUUCAAAAAGAAUUUCGUGAUCCACGUGUUGAACUUGGUGAAAUUGAACGCACAAUAUUAAAUGCAUCAUCAAGUGUAACCAAUUGUGUUGUCAUUAAAUAUCAACAACAACCAGGAGGUCAAGAACAUUUAAUUACAUACGUUCAAUCGUCGUCGUCAUCGUCCUCACCAGACGAAGGAAUGAUUACCAUAAAAGAAUUGAAACAUAUUUGCCAACAAUAUUUAUCAUUAUAUAUGAUGCCUAUAUGGUUUGUUAUUCUGGAACAAUUACCAUUGGAUACAAACGGAAAAGUUGACCAUAAACAAUUGCCAACACCUGAUUUGUCACAAUUAACACAGCAACAUGAUGACAAUACUAAUGAACCAAAGGAGCAAAUACAUACUGAAAUACAUACAUUUUGGAAUCGACUUUUAUCUAUUGAUAAACUGUCAAUGAAAUCAAAUUUCUUUUCAAUUGGUGGCAAUUCAUUACUGUUAGUAAAAUUGUACAAUUAUUAUUUAUCAAGAUUUUCACUUAAUCAACAAAUUAUCAAUCUUGCAAUGUUAUAUAAACAACCAACUAUUAUCGAACAUAUUCAAUUAGUAAAAAAUGCUUUGUUAACAUCGACCACUGAUACUUUCCCAUCGAAGAAAAAAAAAUGGAAGCCAUUAAACAUUAUGCAUAGUAAGUUGUAA